GAAAGGGGAAGAAAAAAAGAGAGCGAGAGAGAGAAUGGGUGAGGUAGCUGAUACAUUAACGAAGAAGAAGAAGAAAGGGAGACCAUCUCUGAUAGAGCUUCAGAAGCGAGCUCUGAAACAGCAACAAUUGCUGCAGAAAAAGCUAGAUGGUGAGCCCAAGGAAGAGCUGAGAUCCGGUUUCAGAAACCCUAAUUCUCUCAAUUCGGCUCCGAAUUCCGGCACCCGAUCCAAUCGCCGGAAUUUUAAUCCCAGCGAGCUGUCUGGCGACGACGAUGAGAGGAGAGACAAGAAGCACAGGCUCUUGCGCGGAUUAAACCCUCACGAUCGUCGUGAUUCUUCUUCCAAUUUCGAAUCUGACGGCUGCGAUUUAGACGCCGAUUCCAUCUUCCGCCGGAAAAUCGGUGGCACCGUUCACGGAUCUGACGAUACGGGACAAAAGGCUUCGAAAGCGACAGACAUUCUUCAAAGGUCUGUUGUGAAGUCUGGCCCCGUUACACCUUUGCCAGACAAAAAGUUGCUGUUGUUCAUUCUUGAUAGACUUCAAAAGAAGGAUACAUAUGGAGUGUAUUCUGAGCCAGUUGAUCCAGAGGAGCUUCCUGAUUAUCAUGAGACUAUCAAGAAUCCGAUGGAUUUCAGCACAUUGCGGAAGAAAUUAGAAUCUGGGGCUUAUGUUACCUUAGAACAAUUUGAGCAAGACGUGUUUCUAAUGUGUACAAACGCGAUGGAAUACAAUUCAGCAGAUACCGUAUAUUUUCGACAGGCACGAGCUAUGCUUGAGCUGGCUAAGAAGGACUUUGAGAAUCUAAGACAAGAAAGUGAUGAAGAAGAAUCAACGUCACUGUCACAACAGCCUAAAGUGGUCAAAAGAGGCCGUCCUCCAGGCACAGGCCUUAAGAAACAGCCUGAGCCAUCUUCGAUUGACCGCACCACUUCUGAAAUUUCAGCUGAUGCAGCAGCACACACUGCUGGUGGAGAUGGCUCUAGAUUAUCCGGUGCUUACAAUCUAAGAAACACACCUCCUUCUUAUAGAUUCCGUCAAACAGAGACUUCGGUUAGAAUCAACCAUUAUAGCGAGAACCAAAGUGGCUUGUUAAUUGAUUGGGAGAAGGAGUUUCCACCUUCGGUUGUGAAGGCUGUCAAUAAAUACGGGAUGAAGAAUGUCGACGAGAACAGGCGAGAUUCCUAUAACCAGAUCUCUGCUUCCUUGCAAGAAGCUUCGAUUUUUACAGAAGAUGAUUUAAAACAGUUAACUCCAGUUGGGUUGAAAACGGAGUAUGGGUACGCAAGAAGUGUAGCACGAUAUGCUGCUAAUCUUGGCUCUGUUGCUUGGAGAUUCGCCAGUAGUAGGAUUGAAACAGUGUUACCGAAUGGAACCGAAUUUGGUCCCGGGUGGGUUGGAGAGAACCCGGAAGCUCCUCCUCAACAGCAGAUCUCAAUGUCAGGAAAGCAAGAGUGUUCGAAUGACUUGGCAUCUGAUGAUCAUCUUCAUUCAAGCACCUCUGUUUCUAGCUCUAUUAUAGCAAACAGACAUGCUUCCCAUGAAAGCAAAGAGACUGCACCGGCUGCUCGAGGAUCCGAGAAGUCAGGACCGCUGAUCAAUCCUGAGAGCAAUGGUUUAAUCCCUGGUUUUAGAGGAUUUAACCAUAAUCCAAACAAGAUGCUGGAAACAGCUUUCUCGCAACAAGGCUUGUUGGCUAACACAAAACAGGAACUUAACCGGUUUCCACCUGAUCUCAACGCUAAGCUCGUCUCACCAAACUCACCAGUCUCUAACCUUCAGGCAGGUUCAUCGCAGCAUCCGGAUUUGGCAUUACAGCUCUAACUUGUUUACUAAUCUUAAAAGCUUUAGCGGUAGGAAGAAGAAGAGGUAUGUGAUGCUUGUAAAUGAAAAUAUAGCGAAGUCUCUGUACAGAUUGUUGCAACUACCAGAUUUGUGUAGAGUAAAAAAAAAAAUAAACGAUUAAGAGUACGCAUAAGGUGUAUAAAUAACAUUUAUGCAGGUAUUUUUGGUUGUCAAA